CAGAAAGGGACGGCGCUCCAAAGUCGACCGAUCCGCGCGAUUUGCAGGAUGGCGAUGUUGGUCAUACCGAUGAGGUCGAUGGUGUAGAGCAAGCUGACGGCAUCGAUGGCACGAGCAUCGAUGAUGUUGUUGGAAUUGAUGUAAUGGCCUCUACGGUGUAGAUGGCAGAGACGGCCUAGAAUACCAGGACAACGCGGAUAACUCAGGAAGCACGGAUGACCUUGGUGUAGCUGAUGGUAAACGGCCCAUGCGCGACCAAGACGGCGUGGCGUCCAAGUCGACGAGUAAAGUUGAUGGCAAGCCUGAAGAGAAGGUUCCAAGGGCGGCGAGCUAUGAGCUUCGAAUGCUGCAACAUCCAGCACGGGUGCGCUGCUGCGGAUAUGGCAACAAAGACCGUCGAACCAUUGAUCCGUGCCCCGUUCUUGAGCUCGUCUGUUUGGACGCGACAGGAGCAGCCAUUGAAAGUGUCAACGAAGCACCUUUCCUCGUGUGCCACGCCUCGAUCUGGAGCGAGGACGGCCAGGAGGACUCCAGUCUCAUCGAGAACAUGCACAGUCAUAAACAACGAAGCCUCGAUAGUUCAGCUACGCAGAAUCUCGUGGGAUCCCUCACGAACCUCAGUCGGCCGUUACGGGACGUCGACAACCAGAAGAAGCUGUUGUUCGUCUUUGCGGACUUGUCGGUCAGGUUGCCCGGCAUGUUCACCUUGCGUUUCCAGUUGCUUGAUGUCUCUUUCGGGCGACAUGAUGAAGGCGUUGGUUCAUACAUGGUCGGACAUUCCUAUAUGGGAGGUGCUCCGCAACUAGCAAUGAUCCAAACAAAACCAUUCGAGUCUUAUCGUCCAAAGCUGUUUCCUGGAAUGCUUCAGACAACGGCUUUGUCGAAGAAGCUAGCUCAGCAAGGAGUCUCGGAAAUCCGAGUCCGCAAAGAUCCAGUGCCGCGUCCGUCGUGACUAGUGGGCGGCGACUGAAAGUACACAGGGUCUUCAGAUCGUUUACUGUACCAGUCAGUCGCACACUUGCUAUCCCAUUUCUCGGUCGCCGUAGUCACUAG